AUGGAUUUGGAUUUAAGAGAUCAACUAUUUGUGGCAGCUUUGCAAUGUGGAAAUAAUCAAGAGAUUAUAAAAUGGUUAAAAGAUAGUUUUACAGAUCUAGAGGAGUUGGAUAAAUUCUGUAAAAGUCAUUAUAAUUAUAUUACAAAACAUGCAUCAACUGACACUAUAAAUUUGAUCAAAUUCAAAUUAACCCACAUCAUUCACAUCAAAGAACUUUGCAGCAUGGCAAUACUCAAACUAUAUCUUCCAUUUUGUGGUCCUAGAUUUUUACCAACUCUACAAAGGCAUAUGAACCAAGCAUUGAGUGAUGGAGAUUUGGAAUUUGUAGAUUAUUUGCUCACGGCUGAAUCUGACAAAAAAGGUCUGCUGGCGAGUUAUUAUCCUAUCACCGAGAUAGAUCCAUCAAUCAUGUCAAUGGAUCUUGUCAAUAGAUUAAAGAAAAGUCGCAGUUUAUGUGUUUCUAAACAAGCGAUGACUCAAUCAGCCAUCUCUGCCAAACAAUUGGAUGUUUUACAAUACAUCAUUGCCAACACGUCUUGGUCAACGGAUCAUGAAGAUUCAUUUAAUACUGAAAGCUUGGUUGUCAGAGCUCUGUGUAUUGAUGAUACAAGUAUUAUCGCAUUUAUUUUGGAUAGAUUCUAUCAUGUCAAUGAUGGUGGUGAUGAACAUAAAAAAGCAUUUAAAGUGACACCGUAUGAUCUAUGUAAUAUGGAACCUCGUACACUUGAAUAUUUAUAUUUAAAGGGUCACUUUUUAGAGUUUGAAAUAUCGUCUCAAUCUCAAACUCAGUACACCUAUCUUGGAAUAUUCCACAAAAAUUAUACCGACAGAUAG